UCAAGCGGAAGAUGCAAUGGCAGGAGGGUUUCCGAGAAGCAGGGGAAUCUGCGUGCUGCUCUGUAAAAAAGGCCUUCUCUUCCAUGGUGUUCAUAAUCCGAGAGCUCCAUAGCUACACGUUGCAGAUUAGAGAGAUUCUCUUCUUCGAAGAUUUGCAGGGGAUUUUAAGCAGGGUGCAGAAGGAGAUGCAAACUUCGUUCGUCUGGCUAUUUCAACAGGUCUUCUCUCGGACUAAAGGCUCCGACUUUGGGAGCUGCAAAGGGAGCUGGGCGUGGCUUGGGAGUCCGAGAGGUCACUCCUCCUUCGAUCAUCGACCUCCUUACGGCUGUGCUCCAUCUUCAAACUCUCCGAACUCCGCUGCUUCAGCUCUUCAAGCUCCAUAGCCGUAGCAACAACAUCCACUAACUACCUCGAGCUCGUCAUUCUGGCCACCUUGAUCAAAAUCAACGAAGAGCUUCAUUGACCGCUGUCAAACGACUAGCCGGUCUUCAAACUCGACGCCUUACACUCUGCCUCAAGAUCGGGCUGCUUCUGCACCUCCGCCAUGGCUGCUGCCUUUGA